AGAAGAAGAAAAAGAACUAUCGCGAGACCGGAGUCAGUUGCCGUAGUUACGACAGCCCAACACAGACCUUUCCGAGUGGUGGAGACUAGAGCGGACCGCCGGCGAAAACUUUUAAAUAUUGAAAUAGAAACCAAGAGACUCUUUGUAAAAAAAGCACAACGCAAAACGGAGGAGGAAUACCUGAGGCCCCGGCCAGAAGAGACAUGAAUUUAAAUGACUUUGUCGUGCUUCCUAACAACAAGGCCAAAUCCGUCAAGCUUUCUGCCAGAAACCUGCAAGAACUGCGGAUGGAGACAGUGACUCUGGCCCAGGAGAGCAAUGAGAUUGAGGAGAAACUGCAACAGCUGAAAGAGAGCAUGAGUAAAGAGAAGGAGGAGAGAGGGCACUCGGGAGGGUUUAGAUGGAAGUCUGGACAGUUUGGUUCUUUAAACAGCAACGCUGUCACAAACAGCGUGAAGAAGAACAAGGAGAACACGCUCCAAAAGCUGUCAGCAGGCAAGGUGAAGAUCCGAGUGCUGAAGGAUGAACCACUGACGGCCCCACCUCGGCCUCCACCCCCGAGAGAUAGAAGAAAACACCGUCUGAGGGGAACACGCUGUGGACAAUGUGAAAUCAAGACUGCAGGAGUCGUGUGUGCUGAAUGCACAGAAGACUACUGUAUUGGCUGUUUUACCAGAUUCCACCAGAAGGGGGCACUGAAGCUCCACAGAAUGAUACCUAUUCAGACAGAUUUACAGACUCACGUGAGUACGAGAGAUGUUGUCAGCUGCUUCCAGGAGCAGAUUAACCCGAGCUCCGAUGCCGCUACCUUCACAAGUCACGCUGUGGCAAAAGCUAUGCAACUGCCCCCUGAUCCCAGCCAGGUGUUGACUGAAGAACAUGGAGAGGAGACAAAGGUGGACAUGAUUGAACACGGGCAGAACAUGUCCUUUCUUAAAGGGGAGUACAAUGAGGCGGAAUCUGCCAGAUCUUUCCAGGAAGCCCUCCGACGGUGGAGAGGAGAGAAGAGUGAUGGAUCCGGAGAAUCCAUGAGCGAGGAUGCAAUGUGGACACCCAUCCAACCAGUAGCGGUGUCAGUUAUGGCGACCCAGGCCGACCUCUCUCCAGACAGGGGAGCUGUAGGACGCGGAGGAGGAGAAGAGAGGGUCCCUGUCAGGGUGGAGUUUACAGAAAACAGCCUUACCUACAUGGACCGAUUGCUUCUCAAGAAGCACCGCAGAACACCAGUCGAAACUUAUCAUCCACUGUUGGCCUUUGGUAAAGAUUUAAAAUCACUGCCUCAAGCAAACACUGAGGAGGAGACUGCAAGCAGCCUAACAGCUCAGGAGGAGGAUUUCCGUCGCUACUGUGCAUCACUGUUUGCUGUGCCGGUCAGCAGCGGCAGACCUGAGCCUUGGAUUACUGCACCUGAAUCGUGCCUUGUCAUAGAAGUCAUGGAUGAGAGAGACAAAGACAUACAUGGAGUUGUUGCUGACUGGAGGACGGAUAACAACAGAAAUCUUCCCUCUGUUCAGCCGGUCCUCAUUAAGGGAGCACUGGUGCCCCACACAGCUUUAACCACUGGUUCCUCAAGAGUUAGCUGCUCCUCUUCUAGUCCGGCUAAACCAUCCAGGCAGUCUGGAGCACCAGCACAACCGAAAGCAGCUCAGAAGCUCCAUUUGUCUAAGCCUCAGACUUCACAAGCAGAACACUCAAUGAAAUCAUCGUCCUCCAAAAGUAAACUGUCAUCAUGCCUCACUGCUGAGACUCCAGGGACUUCAAAGACAUCAAUCAAGACACUAAAGCCCAAUUUCCCGCCAAAUGUGCAUAAAUCAAAUUCUGACCGUGGAUCAAGACAAGUUUUGUCCACUCCGUUAUUGGUACAUUCCCAAACUGAGACCCCUACAUGUUCUCACUCCCCAGACUCAUUCCCACCUGAUGUUUCUCCUUUGGCAAGUACCAGACCGACACUCCCAGAAGACCAUCUCUCUCCUUCCUCCACAUCCCUCUCCCUUAGGUCGACAUUCACAGUCUCACCAUUAAGCUCCACUGAGUCAACCUUAUUGCCCAAAGUUUACCAAUCAACCCCAAUCCAAAGAAGCUCAGACUCCUCUCUCUUACGAGAACAAUCCCAAUCUUCCAAGUUAUUCCACGAAUCAAUCUCACUGAAGCUCUCUCAAUUGCCCCCAAACCAUCUGGAGUCCCCAAGGCAAUACCAGCAUUCCUGCUGUGUCCCAGAGUCUCCCCUAUCAGACACUCGACUACAGCUGCCUCUGUCACCUGUGUGUUCCAGUCCAAACCCACCACCAACAUCUCUGGGACCAAAUCCAGCAGUAAUAAAUAUCGCCAAUUUAUCUCUAUUUAAUGCGUCCCCUCCAGAUGCAUGUUUUGGUCAUAGGUCAACUGCAAUAAAUAGGGAUUCUUCAGAUUUUAUGUGCUCUACCCCCAUCUCUGGUGAACAUGAAUUAACUCUGGUUUUGCAGUGUAUCCCAUCAUUUCCAUCGCAGUUCGAUGUCAUCAAGAAUUUGCCUUUGGCUAUGAAAAUGGAGGAGGAAAGGGAGCUAUCCGUAGACAGUGGAGAUGAAAUGUCCACUGAUAGUCUGGGUCUGGCGUCGUAUGAAGAAGACUCCUCAGACGAAGAAGCCCAGAUGCAUGGACGUUUAACGAGAGGAAGAUCAAGAGACGAGCAAGGGAAUCCUGCCAUAUCUCAUUCAGAAGAUCCCUUUGUUCCCGCAGAAAGAGAAAAACAUUUGCAGGGCGAUGAGCAAGAGCAACUUUCAGAACCUUCCAUGGCGAUGCACAACCAAAGUGCUGGGUCUAGAUCGGAGCAGUUCUGUGAUCCGGAUGGGUUUCGGCCUUUGGGUCUGGCCAUGAAGUCUGGUCACUCCGACACACCAGAACACACACACUGUGACCCACUGCUCACUGGCCCAACUUCAACGCCCUAUUCAGAGCCAACAGAGGGUUAUGGGCCAAGCAGCAGCUCUAGUACCUACACUGAGGAACAGCUGGGUCUUGGAACGAGGAGGAACAACCGCAUGCAGCCCACUGAAAUUCUAAUUCACUCAACCAGACCCACCAGUAGAGUAGAAAUAUCCGUACAUGAACGAGGAACAUCUGAAGCGGGUCCGGGGUUUCGUCCGUUCUCCCGGGCAGCCCAGGAGAUCAUGGAAAUCUGUAGUGUGGACCACACGGGCUGCGAGGACCCUGACCUGGAGUCUGACACGACGACACACAUCCUGGAGCAGGAACUCAUGGCAACGGAAACAUGGACGCAGGCUUCAGUAUUUGGGACGGGAGUAGAUCACCAUGCAAAGGACCGGUUCACACGGGGCAGAGCCAGAGACGAAGAAAACGAAGAGGAGGCUGCUACACAGAGAGACCGGCAGAGUGUUCUCUCACUGCCUUGAGAUAUUCACAAGCAUGCACAUAAACACACACACACUUGCUUAUUAAUGAAUCAAUUAAAUUAAUUAAACAUACAUGCACACAGAGAUGAAAGUGAGAAUGGUGGAAUUUUAAACUGUUCACGUGGUGUACAGGAUGGUGCGCAUGACCCUAAAAUACAUCUGUGGAGAACUCUUGUGCAAAUAGAUGGCUACAAAAAUGUAAUUGAUUAAAUACAGUUUUGAUUUGA